GAUGCCCCGAUUCAACCGAAUGUCAGUUCCGAGGUGGACACUUCACACAUCAAUUUUGAGGAGCGAGAUCUUAGUGCCAGUGGCCCCUUUAGUGGUAGUGGCUCAGGAACAGGUAAGUUCGCACGCAACGGCUGCGCUUUUGCAGCCAAGAAGGCUGCACCAGCUUUCUUCACUGGUGAUCAUAUCUCGUUUGCAGGAUUCACUUUCAUACGAGAUCAUGUAUAUCUACGAAACAGACUACAAUCAAGCGCCAGCGAUAGACUUGGUAUCGAAGCUGACCCAGGAGACGCUACUUUAGAAGCCUCUGCAGCCGUUUCUGGCUCUGGUUCAGGGACUGCUGGUGGUUGUGGAGAGUCUACAGAUCAAGUGUCUGAGUUGCGAACUAGUCUGCAAGCAGCCGAACGACAAGCCGCCAUUAAUGCCGUGGCAUUACGUGAGGCUGAGCGCCGGCUGUCUGAUGCCCUAGCGACCAAUCUGGCUGCUCAAGCUACUGCUGACAAGCACGCCGAAGAGGCGCGUAGUCGACUUGCAGCGGCCCAAGCAGAUCGGGAUAAGGCCACAGAGCAGGCAGCUGCUCUUACGCGCCAUCUUGCAGUUCUACAAGCAGGCCUCGAGACUGAGCGGCAGACCGCUGCAGCAGCUGCAGCAUCAUCUCGUCAGGAAGUGAAUUGCCUGCAGGACCGCUUUGCUGAGGCGGAGACUAGGGCUGAAACGCUUCUCAAACAAUUGUCAGAGGCUAGACAACAAAUAGAGGUUGCAGCGACUACUUCGGUGGAUUCGGAUUACUGUAGUGGAGUCCCCUGUGAAAAAGUUGAUAAUGAGCAAGUUCGCUUGGAGGCAGAGCUAUUGGCAGCACGCGCUGAGGCACAGGACUUGGCCGCCAAGGUGACUCAGACGACCUCCGAGAUGUCCAUGAUGAAACGCAGCUAUUCAGAUCAAGUUAGUUUUUGA